AUCAGCUUGGCUCUUCGCAUCCCCACACUUUGACCUACUCCGGGCAAUCGACUACGCCUUCAUCUUCCGAGUCGCCAAUGACCAAAUAAUAGGCCCAGAACAUCAAGAUAUCGGCUACAUAACUUUAGGUCUUACUUCUCCUUGGUUCCUGCGCCACGACGUGGAAACAGUUAGGCAUCAGUCAAUAGGCUCUGCGAUUGUGCAUUCUACCCACCGUUUGAUUCGUCGCUGGUUUGUUUGGCACCACAUCUGUGAGGCCAUCGUGCCUCUAGUUCCACAUCAGGGCACAGUGGCUUCCGUCCGCAGAUGUCGCAUGAAUGCAACCGCUAAACCCAUUCCUACGGGCCUUCUUUCGGAGCACUCUUCCCACGCAGUGUUCGCCCGUACAGCACUACGUCCUCCUCGUACCAUCAACGGAACUACUGCUGACCUCCCGCGAUCGCGAGACGCAUGUUUUAUAUUCGGACCUCGCAACCAACGAGGAGUUCCUCGCUAGCCAUGUCCUCCGAAUACCUGGUGGCGUGGCCCCGUCUGGCGCCGCAAAGGACGGCAGCGCGAACUUUAGAGAGACGAGGACAAAGGCGAAGCAGUUUACCACCUUGAAUGGCAGGACGGUCAUCAUUAAAGAUUCUUUCGUGUAUACGAACAAAGGCUUCAAGACUCUAAACCAGGUGCAGUUGCUUAGUGAUUCGCUGUAUUUUCCGGACUGGAUUGAUGCGAAUCCUUGGCUGGUGUACAGUAUUUCAAAGCCACUGAUUGGGAAUGUGGAAACGAUCAAGAUCCUUCCUGCUGUACCAGAUGAGAAGCUUCCAACUCGCUCCUCAUCGCCUUUGGGCCCAAAGCGAAACGGGUCAACAUCGGCGAAGAAAAAGGACAUCAAGUCAUUCGCAGAUUUGCUGAACAGUUUCCCCUUGAUCGCGCGACAGAUGCAGCCAGGACUAGAGAGAUUAUUCAAAGAGUUCUCUAAAGAGUUUGAGAAACCUCUGCCCGCACUACCAGCUGAAAGAUCCACAUCGCCUCUGUCAACACGUCGCAGAAGUGGCUCCGGUUCUUCAACCGAAAGUCGCGCAACUUCAACGCACAGCAGCCUUGCCAAUGGGCAUUACGUGUCCGAGCUUGAAAUUAGCGAUGAGGAGGAAAUGAUGCGGCGUGCCCUUGAGACUGCUGUGACCGCCGCGAUCGAUAUGUUCCAAAUGGUCGACAAGCAACAGCUCUCGCUCUUGGGCUCGACUACAGAUUUGACCGGCACGAUGGUCGAGCGCAUGAUCGAACGCUACGUCACAGAGCAGUUCCACCAUCAGAUCCUUUUCCCGCGCAUGUGUGCCAUACGAAAAUCCGACGACCAGGAAUUGGAAGGUCGAAUAAGACAGAUGCAGGAUAUUGAUAUUUCGCAAGUUGGGCUAUCGGUCAAUCAAGAUCACCAUGCAAAGAAGGAGCUGGGCAUCCGGUUGUCUAAAGGAGUGGAUGUAUUCAAGAAGAUAGGCGUAGCGUCCAGUCCUCAGGAGAUGCUCGAAAUCCUGCUUGAGACAGAGAAGGCAAUCACAAAACCAGUGCUAGAAAAGCGACAAACAGAGCCUGCGAAUGGAGUUGGCUCAGAUGCAGCUGACAGAGACUCAGAGAAAACGGAUGACUCAAUGCUGACUACGAGCGCUGACACGCUGGUCUCUCUACUUCUGGUUGUCGUAAUCCGCGCUCCUGUGCGGUAUUUGAAUGCGCGGCUGUCGUAUAUGCGACAUUUUAUAUUUAUUGACGACGUUGAGAGCGGCGAAGCCGGAUAUGCGCUAAGCACUUUCGAGGCCGUGCUUUCAUAUCUGGUUCGCGAUUCUGUCGGUAUCCGUAGAGCAAGCAGAAGAAACCGCAGGUUGUGGGAGGCGUCCAAGGCCGGAAAUGUUGCCGAGAUGAAGAGGAUUUUAGAACCAGAUUCGAACAGCGAUGAUGGCGCAUCGAUGCUAUUUUCCCCUGACCCUGAAAUUGAGCAGCAUAUGGCGCAAUUCAGAUUUCCAGGGCCGAGUUCACUCAGUGGUACCACGAUCAACGGAGACUCGUCGGAAGCAGCAACUGGGCCACGUGUGCAAUUCGCUUAUGAAGAUAUACACGCCUCGCUUGAGCAUGUAUUCCCGUGGCAGAAGCUUGAAAACGCCGGGAACAGGCCAAAGGUUAAGAAACGAGUAUCUUUACAGUCACAUAGCACGUCAAGUUCUUCAGCCUAUUCAAUAACGUCACUGCCCGAGACGAUCAUGUCGCACACAAGCGGGCUAGAAGCAGAUACCUCGAUUGAAACGCUUGCCAGAACACAAGGUCCUGAUGGCGACUCAGUCAUGAUGAUGGCCGUGGAGGGCGGGCAUGAUGCUGCUGUCCGGUAUCUACUAAGUCUUGAACAAUAUUUUCCUCUUGAAAGAGUGAUUGAAGAUGAGAACAAUGACGGAACCACAUUACUUUCCGCUGCCAUCCAGGGCGGUCAUCCAAGAGUCAUUGAUACGAUCCUUGACUUCAUCAUCGAUCACACGGAUGAUCUGGAUACGUUACGGGACUACAUUGCAAGACAAGAUAAAAACGGACGCUGCGCAGCACACUAUCUAUUCCACUAUCCUCGACUCAUUGGACGAAUUGGCAGUUUGAUCCCGUGGAAACUUAAGGACAAAAACGGACAAACCCCUUUGUUCGCGUUGUGCAGGUCUUACGACCACGAAGAGUAUACCUGGAUGGUGGACACGGCUCUGACGGCCGCAACGGCAGCUCAAGGGGAUGGUAAAUCUCUUCAUCUAGACGAUCAUGUAGACAAUAAGGGCAACACACUUUUGCAUAUCGUCAAUGAUCCACAGAUGGCAUCAAAGCUACUGUAUCAAUGCGAUUCGGAUGUAAACGCUGCGAACGAUAAGCAAUUUACACCACUCAUGGUUGCUAGUAAAUAUGGUCGUACGGAUAUGGUGCGCACCCUCUUUGGCGACCCGAGGGUGGAUUUUCAUGCGAAAGAUCUACGUGGCCUUACAGCGACAGAACUUGCCAAGGACGAUGAUGUGCGGAAUCGCAUUGAUGACCUCGUGUUGUUGGCUUCCCCGCCAGGACAAGGCGAGCGCAUUACAACCGUGGUUCGCGCAUAUUUCGUGGAAGAUGGUACAGUGCGUUUUAUCGUCAAAUCUGGGGCCCAAAAUCCAAACUCAACAAUUACUGUAACGACAUCUCGGCGCGGUCUCGCCGACUUCGAGGAUUUGGCGCGAUGGCUGUCUCUUGAAAAUCCGGCCUCGUGGGUUCCUGCCAUUGUGAACACCCACUCGCCUUUUUUAAUCCCCUCCAAACCUUCCAAGGCAGUAGCACGGGAUAUGCAACUUCGCUUUGACACAUUCCUCAAGACGCUGUUAUCACACUCCACAUUUGCUACACAUGAGAUGGUAUGGGAGUUUUUUCUCGUGCCUGAUAUGGAUCCUGCUAUGCUUGCUGAACGCAGCAGGAUGAAAGCGGAGACGCGCGCGGAAAUGGUGAAAGAUGAAUUCGACCCCAUCACUGAUGUGCGUGAAGUCGAAGUCUUCAUCGGCCACGCCAAGGACUCCGUCCGUGGUGUACACCACUCCACCAAAUCCGUUCUCCGUCGCGUUAAUCGCCUACGCCUAGCGCAGUCUGAUAUCUACGAUGCUUCGAAUCUUGCUUCUACUAGUCUGUCAACACUCGCUUUCUUACCUGAAGAACACAAACUUGCCUUCAAACGAUACGUUAAGACGCUGGCCCAGCCAGAAUUCUCACCUACAGCGGGAUUCUACUAUUCAAUGCACGCCAUCAGUACCACCAUCACGGCGGUGCUUGCGGCACUUACACGACCCACCGAUUUAAUCCAGAAGAUGAAUCUGGCGCAGAAAGCUAUCGAUCGACAGAACCAAUCGCUCCGGCGAUCGGACCGCUGGCCAACCUCCCUCUCGCUUCUAGAUGAAACUCGCGCCCGCAUGCAGCGCGAUGCUCUGGACAAAUUAGACGCUGCGCAGAGGGAAAAGGAUGACUUGGGUAGAGAGUUAAGAUAUACUCAAGGUGUCGUCGCUGGAGAACUGGCGGCAUGGCAAGGCGAACGUCUCAAAUGGGGUAAGAAUGCCUGCAAAGAGUUCGCGAGACGGAUGAUUGUUUUAGAGAAAGCUAGACUAGAGGGCAUGAGGCGCGCACUAAGGAUUGUGGGCGUGGAAGAGGGAACUAGGAGUAGCGGCAGAGUUUUUGGAGCUGCUGCGAGGCAAGCGAGGGUGGAGAGAUUGAAGAAGAUACCUUUGCCACCUACUGCGGACACCACGGAUCUCUGAAAUGUAAUUUGUUUUUCUUAUUUCUUCACUUAGACAGUCCGCUUAGAUAUCGUAUAUUCUUGUGUCUAAUUCUAUA